AUGAAAUUUUGCUUCAAAUACUAAAUUUAUGAAGAUUAUUCAAUAAUUAUUUUAGGUUAGGAAAUGGACAAGUUGAGUUCAAAGUUAGACAAAUUUUACACUGAUUGUUACGACUAUGAAAACGAAAUAAGAAACAAGGAAGCCAACAGCCAGGCUGAUCUAAAUACAUCUUUGGAAGAAUAAUUUAAAGAUCUUGAAAUUAGGAAUUGUCAAAAUUAAAGUUCCGAAUAUGAAGACUGA